UUUUUUAUUCUUCCUUUACUUCUUCAUUUGUUCAUAAAUUUCUUGCAUCAGACUAGUUUCCCCAAAUUUUCAUCUCUAGUAUUUUGCUUUCUCUACCUUCUUCAAACUCAGUUGCACAAGAUCCUUCUUUUAUCACUUAUCAUGGCUUCUACUUCUUCCGCUCCUCCCAAUCAGUGGAAGACAUGGGAUGUUUUUAUUAGUUUUAGAGGCGAUGAUACACGUUAUAAUAUUCUCUCCCAUCUCUCUAAAGCCUUGAAGGACAAACAAAUCAAGGCCUUUACGGAUGAAGAGCUUCGUAAAGGAGAAGAGAUCUCAUCAGAGCUCUUGAAAAUAAUCCGAGAAUCAAGUAUCUCAAUAGUCAUUUUCUCUGAAAAUUAUGCAGAUUCUCCAUGGUGUUUGGAUGAGCUCGUUGAGAUACUUAAAUGCAAGGAAGAAUCAGGACAGAUAGUUCUACCAGUUUUUUACAAAGUAGAUCCGACUGAGGUUCAAAAGCUGACAGGGAAUUUUAGGAAGGCAUUUGCUAUUGCUGUGCUUGAAGAAGUACUGGAUAAAGACAGUCUUCAAAAGGUGGGCAACUGGAAGCGUGCUUUGAUGGAAGUAAGCAACUUAUCAGGAUGGGAUUCACAGAAAAUCAAGUCUGAGGCCGAAUUAGUUUAUGGAAUUGUCAAUGAUGUUUUGAUCAAAUUUAGCGAUAUGUCUAAAAGUGAUGAUUCUUGUGAUCGCAACUUGAUUGGAAUUAAACUGCGUGUGGAAGAAGUGGAACAGUUGUUAAAUGAGAAGCAGAUUGUAGGAAUUUGGGGGAUGGGAGGCAUUGGUAAAACAACUAUUGCACAAGAAGUAUUUCAUCGAAACAAGAAUAAAUUUGAUGGUCAUUAUUUCGUUGAAAAUGUUAGGGAAACAAUGACAAAGCAAUCAUCAAAUUCAGUGCGAGUCAAAAUCAUUCAACAAUUAUUAAGGGACAAACAUGUAGACAGUUUGAAUGAUUCUACAAGGAGAAGGCUUAAGAGUAAGAAGGUAUUGAUUGUUUUUGAUGAUGUAGAGGAUCGAAACCAUUUAAAAGAUUUAGCAGGAGAGUGUGAUUUGUAUGGUGAGGGAAGUAGAAUCAUCAUAACUAGUAGAGAUUCAUAUGUACUUAAUUCUGAUUUUUCAGAGAAAGUCGUAUAUGAGGUUGAGAAGUUAAUUGAUUCUCAAAGUAUGGAACUCUUUAGCUUGCAUGCCUUCAAACCAAAUCUUCCUAACGAAAAAUAUUUGGAGCUAUCAAAGAAGGUGACAAUCUAUGCUAGAGGCAAUCCACUAGCUCUUAAAGUUUUGGGAUCUCAUUUAUUUCGCAGGACGAUAAAAGAAUGGGAAAGUGAAUUGGAAAAAUUGGAAGGCAAAUCUCUUAAGAAAAUUCAAGAUGUUUUGAAAACAAGUUAUGAUGGGCUAGAAAAGAGUGAACAGGAAAUAUUUCUUGAUAUUGCAUGUUUCUUCAAAGGGAAAGAUAAAGAUGAGGUUGAGAGAAUAUUAAAAGCAUGUGGUUUCUAUCCAGAAAGUGGAAUACCUCGUCUAAUUGAGAAAUCUCUUAUAACUAUUUCAAACGGUGCGGUAGAUAUGCAUGACUUGUUAGAGCAAAUGGGCAAGGAUAUUGUUAAUGAGGAAUGCAAACAGCUUGGAAGGCGCAGCAGGUUGUGGAAUUAUGAAGAUAUUAAUCAUGUAUUGAUAACAGAAACAGAAACGGGAACCGAAAAUGUUGAGGCCAUAUCGUUUCGUCCAGGUGAGAGAGUUAUUUUGAAGCUUUUGAAGCUAAGUGCCACAGCCUUUGCGAAGAUGUGCAAUCUUAGAUUCAUCGAAGUAUGUACAAAGUGGAACAAAGUGCUCCUUCCUAAGAACUUUGAGUUUUUUGCACAAGCAGUAAGAUAUCUUCACUGGGAUUAUUAUCCUCUAGAAUCUUUGCCACUAAACUUUUGGCCAAAUAAUCUUGUUGAACUUCAUAUGCCUUAUAGCAAACUCAUACAACUGAGGAAUGGAGGAGAUAAGUGUACAGCACUCGAGAGUCUUCCAAGCAGCAUUGGCAAUUUGAAACGUCUUGAAGAACUUGAUCUAGUUGAAUGUUCAAGACUCGUGACUAUUCCAAGCAGCAUAGGCGAGUUGAAAUGUCUUGAAGAACUUCAUCUAGCUGAAUGUUCAAGACUCGUGACUAUUCCAAGCAGCAUAGGCGAGUUGAAAUGUCUUGAAAAGUUAUUUCUCCGGAAUUGCUCAAAUUUAGCAAGUCUUCCUGAAAGCAUCAAACAACUUUCGAAGUUGAAACUGCUUAAUUUAGAAAGUUGCGAGAGACUUAAAAGUUUACCAGGGCUUCCAUCAUGCUUAAAAUUAUUAAAAGCAAUUGAUUGCCACUCUCUGGAAUCUGCAUCAAUUUCUUUCAAUUUCUUAGAACAUGAAGAUGAAAAUGAAGAAGCAGAUAAAAGUGAAUAUGAAAAUGAAGAAGCACAUAAAAGUGAAUCUGAAGAUUGCAAAUUUCUUGAUUUUAGUAAUUGCGUCAAAUUGAAUAAGAAAGUAAUGGAGGAUGUUUUUGAAGCGCACCUGUUGGGUCAGAAAGUUACAUUAUUGAUGGCAGGAGGUGAAGUGCCAGAAAGGAUGAGGUAUAAGAAUAAAGGAUCCUCGCUUUCCUUCAAACUUGACCUUCGUCACUUAAUUGCCUUCUCUUUCUGCGUUGUUCUUCGUCCCAGAAGUCGUUUAAUCGAUUUUGCUGAAUUUGAAGUGGAUUUCAUAUGUGAAUCUGGAAAUAGGCGGGAACGUAAUGCGUUCAACUUAUUUAGCGAUGAGGACAUCGCGAAUUGGAAUGGAGUGUGGGGUCCAUCCUAUAUAUAG